UCUUUUUCCUUCCUUUUUCCUUUUUGUUGUUUUUUGACAUCAGAAAAUAUGUCGAUCUGGUGGGCUCUGCAAACCCUAGCUUUGCUCCUGGUCUUCACCGCAGUCUCCGCGGACGACGUCGUUGUGCUCACCGAAGCCAACUUCGAGCAGGAGAUCGGCAAAGAUCGCAGCGCUCUCGUCGAGUUCUACGCUCCCUGGUGUGGGCAUUGUAAAAAGCUUGCCCCAGAGUAUGAGAAGCUUGGUGCAAGUUUCAAGAAGGCAAAGUCUGUUUUGAUUGGAAAGGUUGACUGUGAUGAACACAAGAGCGUUUGCAGUAAAUAUGGGGUUUCUGGAUACCCUACAAUUCAAUGGUUUCCUAAGGGGUCCUUGGAGCCCAAAAAGUAUGAAGGAGCGCGUUCAGCAGAAGCUCUUGCUGAGUUUGUGAAUAAUGAAGGAGGGACUAAUGUGAAGAUAGCUGCAGUCCCAUCCAAUGUAGUGGUGCUAACAUCAGAUAGUUUUGAUGAGGUUGUCCUGAAUGAAAAGAAAGAUGUGCUGGUUGAGUUCUAUGCACCAUGGUGUGGCCAUUGCAAGAGCCUUGCUCCUAUUUAUGAAAAGGUUGCAACAGCAUUUAAAUCAGAGGGGGAUGUAGUGAUUGCUAACCUUGAUGCUGACAAAUACAAGGAUCUGGCUGAAAAGUAUGGUGUAAGCGGGUAUCCUACAUUAAAGUUCUUCCCAAAGGGCAACAAAGCUGGUGAGGACUAUGAUGGUGGCCGAGAUUUAGAGGACUUUGUAACUUUCAUCAAUGAGAAGUGUGGCACUAGUCGUGAUGGGAAAGGACAACUCACUUCCAAAGCUGGCACUGUUGCAAGUUUGGAUAGCUUGGUUAAGGAGUUUAUUAGUGCUAGCGAUGAUGAGAAGAAGGCAGUCUUCGCUCGGAUAGAGGAGGAAGUUGAAAAGCUUGAGGGUUCUGCUGCAAGAUAUGGUAAGAUUUACGUGAAAGCUGCCAAGAGUAGUUUGCAGAAGGGGGCUGACUAUGCCAAGAAUGAAAUUCAGAGGCUUGAGCGCAUGCUUGAGAAGUCGAUCAACCAAGCAAAGGCAGAUGAGUUCAUUCUCAAGAAGAACAUCCUAUCAACAUUUGCUUGAUUGAUCAUUAAUCAUUCGGGCGGAAACACAUUCAUCUUUGCUUGGAGGUAUCUGUAACACAUUUCCCAAGGACCGGUUGCCUAGUAUUUUUCAAGCUUGGGGAAAAUACACUUUCCCUGUGACUCCCUCUACACUUCUUCUACUGCACAUUUUUGGGCCUUUUAAUUUUAUAGUUGUAGAAGAGAAGGAAAGAGCACAUGUGCUAUAGUUAUCAAUAACGUCAUGGUUUUGCUUACAUGGAAACUAUUUUAAUUACCUUAACACUUGUCCACAGCAACGAUGCAUGAAAAUUGAGCUACUGAACAAGUUUUUAGUCUUUCUGAAUCAUCUGGUUCCAGCAUGA